AUGGAUGAUCAAACGAUCAUGUUUGGAUCCAUUAAAGAAAACAGUCUUGAUUUUGAUAGUCCUAUUCUGUCUUCUUCAACCCUUUUGAAUUUUUCACCUUCAUACUUUAGUCCCACAGACAAAUUCAUGAGUUGUUUUGAUCCAAUCGUUUCCCCAGAGGAAUCAGAUACGCACCCUCACCCUCUUGAUGAUUAUCAAGAAGUCUUUGAUGAUCGGUUGAUUCAAGCUUUUGAAAAUCUGUACCAAGGGCGCUCAGUGGACACAGACCUUCUUGUUCAACUAUGGCUGCCUGUAAUUAGACAUGGUAAACAAGUCCUAACCACAGUCAGCAAAUCAUUCAUAAUUAACUCCGAUAACACAAACCUCUCAAAGUAUCGAGAGGUUUCAAAAAACUACCAGUUCGCAGCUGAUUAUGAUUCCACUGAGAUGAUCGGUUUCCCUAGCCGUGUUUUCAUGAAGAAGUUUUCCACAUGCACACCAGACGUACGAUUUGUUGCAGAAGGGGAUGACCCACGUGUGAUUUAUGCUAAAAAACUCAACCUUUGUGGGUGUCUCAACCUCCCUGUCUUUGAAUUAGAUGGUGGAACUUGCUUGGGUGUUGCUGAGGUGGUGACUACUUCCCGGAAAAUCAACCUCCGGGAUGAACUUGAAAACAUCUGUAAAGCGCUUGAGGCUGUUGAUCUAAGGACUUCGGAGCUCUUGAUUCAUCCAAACACAAAGGAAUUCAAAGAAGCACACGAUGUGGUAAUUGCAGAGAUUCGAGAUGUUGUGAAAACCAUAUGCAACACAUUCAAAUUACCAUUAGUUCAAACAUGGGGCCCAUGUGAAGCCAGAUCCCAACAAAAUGUUAAUUCCUUUUCCGUUAUCAAAUCUGCUUCAUAUGUUUUUGAUCCCGAGAUUUUAUCCUUCUUCGAGGGGACCUCAGGCGAGCAACUCGUACCAGGAGAAGGUAUCGCUGGUAAAGCGUUGGGUACAAACCAACCUUGCUUUAAUGACAUUCAUGAUUUUUGUAGGAUUGAUUAUCCAAUAAGUUCUUAUUAUGGGUUGAAUGGUGUCAUAUCAAUACGACUUCGUAGCACCUACACGGGACCCACCGAUUUCAUCCUCGAGUUCUUCCUGCCCCGCGAUUGCAAACGAGAUGAAGAACGAAAACAUAUCCGAAGCUCGAUAAUUUUGAUGAUAAAACAUGUUUCCUGGAGCUUGCAUUUGAUAAACGAUGAAGAACUAAUGAAUGACAUGAAUACCCAUGACGAAUCUUGGAUAUCCGAUAUGGUGGAAGCGCAGGAGAGGGGUGAAACGGUCAUUGUGUCCAUGGGGUGUCAUAAGGAAGAACCAGAAGAAGAAACGAAUCCCCUUGGUGAAUCUUGGAUGACGGAUAUGAUUCAAGCUAAGGAGAGAGGCGAAAAUGUCAUUUUGUCCAUUGGAUGUCACAAGGAAGAACAUGAAGAAGAAUUUAAAGUGAUAAACCAAGUUUAUCGUGGAUUUGGAUUCAGCGAGCUCAAAAAGGAAACUUAUCUAGAUUGGGUAACCGGAAAUGGAUUAAGAGGCCAAUCGAAACAGUCAAGCAUAAAGAGUCGGGUGAAGACGGAGAGGAACAUAAGUUUACAAGUUAUCCGACAAUACUUUCCUGGGAGUCUUAAGGACGCUGCCAAGAGCAUUGGGGUGUGCCCGACUACUUUAAAACGAAUAUGCAGACAAUACGGAAUCAUGAGAUGGCCAUCACGAAAGAUCAAGAAAGUAAGUCAUUCUUUAAAAAAACUCCAACUCAUCAUCGAUUCGGUCCAAGGUACUGAUGGGAUGAUUAAACUCGGAUCAUUCUAUAACAAUUCCCCAGAAUUAAACUCCCCUAUCUCACCAAAUCCCAAACCAAAAGUCAACAAUCGAGUCAAUAUCUUAAAAGAAUACGCAACACCAUCUAAUUCCUCAUCUUCUUGUAACCAUGGUUCAAGUAGUUCUUCUGGAAAUGUCGUGCAUAACGAAAAUGCUCACUUCUCGCAAAAGAAAACGUUCCUUAGUUACAACAACAUGAAUGCUUUGCUUUCAACACCAAACAAAAAACUAGUUGACAAUGAAGGUAUCCCGCCGACACCAAAGAGCCCCAACUUAAUUUAUGAAGAUAUUUUCAGGGUUAAAGCUACUUAUAGUGACGAGAAAAUACGAUUUCGGAUGUCGAAGAAUUGGGGUUUUGGGGAUUUGCAGCGAGAGAUAAUGUGGCGAUUUAAUAUAUAUGAUAUGGGAAAAUUUACAAUCAAGUAUAUAGAUGAUGACUCGGAAUUGGUACUUUUGGCUUGUGACGAUGAUGUUGUGGAAUGCCUGGAGUUACAUACAUCAACCAAGAAUCAAAUGAUUAAAUUGGUUGUUCACAUGUCUUCCUACCCUUCAUUCAUGUCAAUGGUCCAUCCUAACAAUGACAUCCACAUGUGGUAGUUUAUGUAAUAGUGUAACAUCAAGAAAAUUUUAAUUUUAUAAGAUGUUAAAGUAUUAGGACAUGUUAAGAAUCGCCUUGAAAUGCUUAUGGAAAUUAAAAUUUUAAUGCAAUAUAUCGGUAAC